AUGAAGACCUUUUCGGUCGUCGUUGCCCUCAUUGGCGUUCCCUCGCUUGUGUCCGCAGCCAUUUGUAACAAUAACUGUGGUCGCGCGGUCGCAGGAACAGCCCGACAGAGCCCUCCCUUCGCAGCCCGACAGUCACUGUGUGAAGCUUUCGUGUCCACCACAGUCACCGUCACUCCAGGGGCUGUGACCGUCACUGCGAACCAAGUUGCCCGUCGCAACGUUCACGCGCCCCGACAGGCAGCUCCUGUCAUCACCGGUGCUGUCCCCGCCUACGCGAGCGCUUGCGCCGACGCAUCCGCGUAUUGGUCGGCUUGUCAAUGUUUCUCCGGCGUCUUGCCUACAACCGUCACCGUCACAGCGGCGGCUCCGGUUGUUACAGUUACCCGCAGUGCUCAGAGCUCGUCGGUUGUUGUCACCUCUUCGGCUGUAGAGAGUUCUUCGGCUGUAGAGAGCUCUUCGUCUUUCGUCACGAUCACUCAAGUGUCUUCUUCAACUCGGACAUCCACAAUCACGUCUGCAGUGGUGUCGUCUGUGGAGUCUUCUGCGGAGGCUUCCUCUACGGAGGUGUCUUCCACAGAGGCAUCAUCCACAGACACGUCGACUAGUACAGGAUUUUCAGCCACCGAGACCCCAUCUCCCAGCUCCGCUACGCCUGUCGAGUCCUCCACCUCUACUACUCCCUCGGCCGACAGCACUACUGUCAGCAUCGGCAGCACCUGCACUCCUACUACCGUCUUGCCCAGUCCCACUUCUCUGAUCUCUGGGGGCGAUGAUCUUUUCGCGAGCGCCUUACUUCCCUUCCCCAUCGGCGUUUUCGGAUCGUAUGAAACGACCGUCUAUGCCAGCAGCAACGGGUUUCUCUCGCUUUACUCUGGCUCUGGUGAAUACAGUAACGAGCCGCUUCCCUCCAGUGAAAUUCCGCCCGUUUCCAUUUUGCCAUGUUGGGAUGACCUGUACAUCCAGACCCCGAGCCAAGCCGUCCAAUACCAGGUCUUUGGUUCCGAUGCUGGCAGCCGGAACGUCACCUUCGAGUGGGUGGCCGUGCACUUCGGCGAGCCAAGCCAAUUCUACCACUUCACCGCCACCUUUGAGGAGGCCCAGCCUGGCAUUGUCACUUACCGUUACUACACUACGUACGAUAAGGGCGAGAGUGCAACUGUCGGUGUUCAAAACUUGCGGAACGGUAACAACUUCUCCGUUCAAGUUGGGUACAACUCGCGAGGAUCUGUGCCGGACAGGAGCUUCCUUCGCCUGGACACCACUGGUGCGGGCACUUUCACCACAGGAGCAUUUGAGACCACUGAGUGCUAA